CGGGACCCUGCUGCCCAGGCCGGGCGGGCGGGCGGGGAGCGGGAGUGCGAGGACCCCGCCCUCGGGGCACCCGGCGCCGGGACCUGCCCCCCUCCCGUGGGAGGGAGGACCCUCCCUGCUCCCGGGACAGCCAGGGGAGAUCGCCGCGGGGUACGCGGCUGUCCCACCCACGCCGGCUCUGGAGGAGACCCCCAGAAGUCGGCAAGGGUGCCGGGACCCGGAGGACCCGCAGUGAGACCGCCCUCACGCCUCAGCGCACUCCAGACAGUUCGGGACUUUGGAGGCAGAGAGGAAGGCAGCCGUGCCCACGGUGGAGGAGGCACCCCGCAUCCCACCCAGGACUCGCCGCGGAGAGGCGUCCUGACACGCACAAGCCAGGACCCUCCGGGGAGCCGUCGGGAAUCGGUUCCACUUGGCCUGAAGGGUGGAAGACCUCGCCCCUCAACUUGCGUGCACCUAGACAGUGGACCCGGGCAGAGCCCCUGCGCUCGCAUCUGCAGCGGACAGAAAGAGCCCUCGGCCCCUGAAAGAUCUACUUUGGGGGAGAAGGGGAUUCCCCCAAGGGGGAGGAGACAGCUCCUGGUUGGGAGAGGCUCCUCCCCUCCUCCCUAGGGUAGCAGGCAGGGUGUGGGGGGUGUGCCAGCUUCCCCAGGUAGGUCCUCCCUCUCCCCCUCCUCCUCCUUCGACUCCUCUUCCUCAGGGGACUCGGUUCCCCGCUCCAGCUUGGGAGGCUCCGCCAGGCACUGGAAGAGGCACUGAGGAUGCGACCUGUCACCCGCCUCUGAAGAGGGGAAUCCCUGCAACUUCAAACUUCUGUCGCAGGUGGUUUCCUCCGGUGACCGGGGGAACCUUGGAGACAGAACCCGGAAGUGCCAUGGCCUCCGACCUGGAGAGCAGCCUCACCUCCAUAGACUGGCUGCCGCAGCUGACUCUCCGCGCCACCAUCGAGAAGCUGGGGAACGCUUCUCAGGCUGGGCCUCCAGGGGGCAGUCGGAAGUGCUCUCCGGGCUCCCCCACAGAUCCUAAUGCCACCCUCAGCAAGGACGAGGCGGCGGUCCACCAAGACGGCAAGCCACGGUACAGCUACGCCACCCUCAUCACCUAUGCCAUCAACUCUUCCCCGGCCAAGAAGAUGACUCUCAGUGAGAUCUACCGCUGGAUCUGCGAUAACUUCCCCUAUUACAAGAAUGCGGGCAUCGGCUGGAAGAAUUCCAUUCGACACAACCUUUCUCUUAACAAGUGUUUCCGGAAGGUGCCCAGACCUCGGGAUGACCCUGGGAAGGGCUCCUAUUGGACGAUUGAUACCUGCCCCGACAUUUCCCGGAAGAGAAGACACCCUCCCGAUGAUGACCUAUCCCAAGACUCCCCGGAACAGGAGGCCAGCAAAAGCCCCCGGGGAGGUGUUCCGGGGGGUGGAGAAGCCUCCCUGUCUCAUGAGGGGAACCCUCAGAUGCCACUGCAGAGCCCCUCCUCCAUGGCCAGCUACAGCCAGGGCCCGGGGUCCGUGGAUGGUGGAGCGGCAGCAGCAGGGGCGCCGGGCCGGGACAGCACAGACGGCGGGCCUCCCCUCUACAACACCAGCCAUGACUUCAAGUUCUCCUACUCAGAGAUCAACUUUCAGGACCUAAGCUGGUCCUUCCGCAACCUCUACAAGUCCAUGCUGGAGAGGUCCACCUCGCAGCACGGCUUUUCCUCACUCCUGGGAGACAUGCCACCUUCUAACAGCUACUACAUGUAUCAGCAGCCGCAGCAGCAGCAACAGCAGCAACAGCAGCAGCCGCAACCACCACCACCACCGCAGUCUCAGCCACCACCCCAGCAACCACAACAACAGCAGCAGGCACCCACUCAGGGCCCCGCAAACGUAGGGGGCGCCCCUCCACUGCACACCCCAAGCCCUGAUGGCUGUACUACACCAGGGGGAAAACAAGCUGGAGCUGAAGGCUACGGCCCCCCCAGUGUGAUGGCCAUGCACCCUCCCGCGCUGCAGCAUGGGGGCUACCACCCUCAUCAGCACCAUACCCACUCCCACCCUGCCCAGCAGCCACCCCAGCAGCAGGCACAGGGCCAGGCACCCAUCAACAGCACUGGCUUUGCCUUUCCUUCAGACUGGUGCUCCAACAUCGACUCCUUAAAGGAGAGCUUCAAGAUGGUGAACCGGCUCAACUGGUCCAGCAUCGAGCAGUCCCAGUUCUCAGAGCUGAUGGAGAGUCUACGGCAGGCAGAGCAGAAGAACUGGACCCUCGACCAGCAUCACAUCGCCAACCUGUGUGACUCCCUCAACCACUUCCUCACCCAGACUGGUCACAUGCCCCCACAAGGGGCCUCCCACCGACCACCUGCCCCUUCCCGCAUCACUGACUCCUGCGCCCUCACCAGUGGCAAACCGGAGCCAUCCAUGAACCAAGUGAACUCUUAUGGACACCCACAAGCCUCCCAUCUCUACCCUGGCCCAGCACCGAUGUACCCAAUCCCCACCCAGGACUCAGCAGCAUACAAUCGCCCAGCACACCACAUGGUUCCUCGGCCCCCGGUGCCCCCUCCUGGUGCCAGUGAGGAGAUUCCUGAUGACUUCGACUGGGACUUGAUCACUUAGUGAGCAGAGUGGACUUCUGCCCAAGGCCUGUGGUGAAGAGCGGUCCCUGCCCAUCCUGUACAUAGAUCUAAGCUUCUCUCUGCUCUCUCUGUCAGAGAAGCCACCGCAAAGAUGCUGCCGAGGAUAAUCCUCCUUUCCUCCUCCUUCGCUGUUGCCCUCCUGGUUCAUUAUUAUUCUAAUUAUAUUAUUAUUAUUGGUUAUAUACUGCCCAGGCUGCUGCCCUCUUGCCAUGGGCUAUGCCCUCCCUUUGCCCAUUUCAAGUCUUCAGGCUGUAAACCGAGGCCGUGACAGCUAUAGAGAAAGGUUUCACAUUCUCGUUCGCCCCUCUCUCUGAGAAACAGAGUGCUAAUCCCGCCUUUCAGCUCUAAAUUGUGUUCUGUCCCUGUCUGUUUCGGGCUGGCCUGGAGAGGCCUCAGCAAGUAGAGGCGGGGGGGGGGGUGUCUAAGACACUGCUUGGCAGCCAGGACGUUACAGUCUCACCCAACGGUGCUAAUGGUGUCCUCUGAGCUCUUCCUUUACACACGCAAUCUUUACUUUUCCUGGCAGUGCCCUUCCUCAUGAAGGGCUGAGGAGGCUGCCGUGGGGAAGGGAUGGGGAAAAAUCAGCAUGAAGUUGGGCGUGCACUGCCAUCUCUGCCAGGUCGGAGUGUCGCUGGCUUCUUCCUCGCAGAUGCUCUCAGGAGGUUUGCUGGUUUGGUAGGGUGUGAGAACCACUGUCCAUCAUAUGUUCAGUGUCUUGGAAACAGUUUCAACUUAAAGCAUUUUGGCUUUGGAAAAGUAACUCUUUCUGAGAAAUAACUGUGGCUAUUGCUGCAUAUGUAAAUUAUCUUCCAUCAUCUUUUCUCCUUCAGCAAAUACUAUUUUGUCUUCCCAUAGCUGUUUGUCCAAAUCAUCCACCUGUCUCAUUUUCUUCUCCCUUUGUCUGGGAUUCUCAAAAGACAAAAGAAAGCCAUUCUCACUCCUAGUUUCCUCAUGGCCUAGAUAUGCUAUGGAAACCUCUUUCCUACCUGUCAUAGCAGACUCAGAGUGCUGCUGACAGGAGGGUAGGGAGAGGAAAGGGAUAGACUUGGGUAGAGAAGGGGUCACAUGUUUAACCUCACAGGGAGAUGCUUCUCUUGAAAUCCCUAUCGGUGGGAUUGACGCUUCUGAUUUUGACAGGCAAUGAAAACUGGAAGGAAAGAAAUAAUAUAGAGAACAGGGUUCAGUGAUGGCACAGGGCGGUCCUAGGCGGAGGGAUGAGCAAUCUCCAUUAACAGUAAGUAGCCAUGAUUUACUGCUGUAGAGUUCUUAGUGAGUGUGUUUGUUGAAUUUGACGUAAGAGAGGGAAGACCAAUUUUACUUCCACUUUAUCUUCACUAAAUUUUCUGAAGUGGACAAAAUAUAUAGCUUAGACAAGGCCAAUCUCUUUGUGGUUUCCGAUUUUUGUGACACUCUUUUAUUUAUCCACGAUUUCUAAGAUGCUGGGCUUCCCAUUCUCGUUUCCCCUUCAUCAAGCUCUUCCCUUUCUUUCGAAGGGGGUUCAUGUAUGAGAUUGUUGAAGCCCAAUGAAGCUAAGUAAAAGGGCAACAAGAUAGGGCAGGUCACUGAAGAGCACUUUAUUUCUUUGAAGCCUUGGUAAGGAGAAGAAAAGGGAGUAUAAAAAAAGAGUGCUCUCCACUACAGUGUGUGAUGGUACUGGAGAGCCUGUGUAGGGGCUGAGCGUGAUGUAAUAUUUCCCACUGGGGAGAGGAGUGUCCCCCUAGAGGGUAGCACACACCUCUGCCCCGUGGCCAUUUAGACAUCUCUUCCUUGUUCCUUCCAUUCGGGUGUAUGUUCUACCCCGCUUCCCUUUGGUUCUCUCAAGAUGCCGCCUUAGCAGAAUACCACUCCUCUUUUCUAAACAUCUUUUCUGGUCAGAUCUGCACGAGGGUGGGGUGGAGAGACCGAGUCAGACACCCCUGGCUCCUUCAUGUCUCGAGAACCAGUCUCCCUGGUGGGCAGCCAGAGCAGCUGACCUGUGGGCAGCCGGAGACUGGAGAGUGGCCUUAGGCCCCCUGAGGUUCCCGUUCUCCUCCACCAGGUGUUGGCUUGAGAAUGGCGCAGGACAAGCCCAACUCCCUUUGGGCCUCAGUUUCCCAUCCCCUCUGUGAAAUGGAAAGAAAACUACUUAAUUUUGUUGGUCCGGUGUUGCUGGACAUGAAGUAUAGUCAUUGUUGUUGUCUUGGGUGAUGUGUGCAAAAUUGUAGCGUCACUGCCUAUAAGAGGAAAUAAGGGAAAAGGCAGAGGAGAAGGACAAAAGGAGAAAUCAUUUGGUAUUGAUCCACUUAUCCUAGGCUUCCUUUCCUCAUGUUUCUGGUUUGGUGAGUUCUUUAUACCACCCAUAAUGCUUUGCAUUGGUGCAGGCUGGGAAGGGGGUGUAUGGGCUCACAACUUUUUUUGUUUGUUUGUUUGUUUGUUUUUUGUUUUUGCAUGCUUUCUUAAUAAAAAAAAGAAAAAAAGAAAAGAA